AUGAACCCCUCUGCUGAGAACUACCCCGCUGCCAUCAUCCCUGCUCAUGAGGAGGAUGCCAUGUCCGUCAUGACUGAGGAGGACCUCAUCGCCAGUCUGAGUGACAAAAUCUCCUUUGCCAGCUCCACCCCUGGACAAUUUGUUGCUCCCUCUCCCCUUCGUCCCUUGCAUGUAGAGGCUGUCAGCACUGCUCACGCUAUGAAUGAUGAGCAAGCAGCUGAAUUAGCCCUUAAUAAGGUCAGACGCGUCAAAGAAAUGAUAGAUAUAGAAAUAGCAUGCAGUCAGUACCUUUCGCCUUCUGUGAAAGUUGUAGAGAAGAGCAGUCGCACUGGAGGGUUGACUCUUAAUAGAAGAGAUCUUCCUAAGUCCUUCCCAAAUGAAGAGGUCUUUCACUCAGUAGACCACUUCCUUCACACCUUCCAAAAGGUUAUUGAGUCGUCCCUUCAGGACAUUGAACUAGUUUGGAAGAGAUUUUUACAGCUCUGCUUGCCUCAUAGUGAUGAUGGAUGGGUAGAGAUAGAUUUGAAGAAGUGUGUAGAUUGGAACACGGCCAAGAUCUGCUUUACAGCAAGACAUGAAUCGCACUUGGUGACAUCCCAUUUGGUAAAAGAGGUAUUUACCAUGGUAAUGCUUCCUUCUGAGUCGAUUGGAGAUUACUCCAAGAAGUUCCUUCAGGCUGUGUAUGAUGCCGGCCUCCCCAAAAACGAUGCUUGUGUUGCCGACCGCUUCCUCGCUUCCUUGACUAGGCAAGUACAGACACUCUUGUGGCUCACCAUGACCAGAUUGGACUUCAAUGGCAAGACCAAAAGAGAUUGGACUGUGAAGCAGUUGACGCAGAUUGGCAGAGACAUCCUUGACAAUCACAAUUGCAUGUAUGCCGAAGCUAUACAGCUCAUUCCUGGUGCCAACAUGCACACUGAGAGGAGAAUGGAGGCAUACCCUCGCAAGAAGGUGCACUCCAGCAACAACAAGCAGCACCAAAUCAGUAAGCCAGAGCAUUCCUUCUUCUGCUCGCACCAUAGUAAGAAUACUACAUAUGAGUCAAGCAAAGGCUUCACCCUGGCCAACAACAAGGCCAAAGUAGCUGCCCCUACCAAGCGCAACCCCUGCAGGCAGUGUGGAGAAAACUACUUCUGUGGCCACGUCUGUAAGGACAGUGAGCCAGUCCUGAUAGUCUCACAGGUCCCUGCCAAGGAGAAGUCUGAGCAAGUGCUCAAGGCAAUCCAAGACAGUGUCGACUUGGAACUCGAAGACAUGUCAUUUGACUCACAUAACAUUCAACAUCUUUUUAUUACUAUAUAUGGGUUGUUAAAGAAGAGAUUUGGUCAAGAUUUGCUGUUUCUAUUCGUCUACAUCACUAAUCGUCUUCUGUUGCAAUUGGGUAGAAACAUCACACUCGAUGCCAUCAUUUAUUUUAGUGGAUACUAUGUUAUUCCUUUCGAACAUCCAUUGGUCCACCCCUGGUGCAAUCGACCCCUACUGUAUUCCAUUGCUUGCUGCGGCACGCCUUCUUGGCCUGUUUGUUUACUUUUAUAA